AUGAAUGACCAUGUUUGUCUUGCUUAUUCCUCAUCCACGGCCCUUUUGCUCUUGCUCCCUCGCCAAGGCUCUCAGCGUCUCGGCCUCCCUGCGUCUGGCGAGCCUCAAGUCGUCUUCUGCAGAGCAUUUGCGGGGGAGACGAGAAAAGAAGAGGCCGAAGUCGAUGUCGAUGUCGAUGUCGAUGUCUUGUCUCACGGCAACGCCCUGACAGCAGGAGCCCAUCCAGGGAACCUUGAAUCCGGCCCAUUGAAGAAUUACGGCUACCUAGUUUCGAUCCCGCCGAAGGAGUUGCCCCCUUUUGCUCUGCUCUGCCUUUCUUCAGCAGACUGCUCGACCCAGCUGCUGUCAGCCCAUUCUCUCCUCUUCUUCUCUCCACCCACACUAGCUGCUGGUUUCAAGCUCCAAGGUCUGGAUGACAAUGUUUAA